UGAAGGCGCAACGUUGACAAAGAUCAAUUUCCGGUAUAAAAACAUAACAAUAUAUUGUGGGAAAGCUCUAUCGAGUCGCGCAGUAUGAAAAUGGAUGAUCCUGCAGCAGUUAAGAGAAUGACAGAAAUAAUUAGAAAGAAAAAACGCCUUUAUGAAUUGAAAAAGCGUUCAAAGUUACCGCGGCCUGUUAGAGGCUAUGAACAAACAAUUGAUGAGGACGAUGAUGAAGAGGAGGAAGACGACUACACUGAGGAGAUUUUUGGUAGCUAUUACGAGGAUAAUGAGGAAAUGAAAAACGGAAACGAACAAACAUCAUUCAGAAGAGGUCAUCUGGCUACAUUCUUUAGAAAUGGAGAUUGUAAUUACAAAGGUCUAACUACUGCCGUCAGCACCAAACAUUUUAAUAAUUUAGAAACUUUAUUGGUAUGGCUAAAUGAUAAAAUACCAACUACAGCUGGUGUUCGAUAUAUAUUUUCAUUACCAAAUGCUAAAUUAGUAAGAGACAUUAGUGAUUUUACAAGAGGAGGAGCAUUCGUUGUAUCGAGUGUAAGGAAGUUUAUUGGUAAAGAUAAUACGACAUUUUUAUUUCUAUAAAAAAUAACUCUUAUCUGUUAAUGAACUAUUUUUUUUAGAUGUUGAUUAUGGAUUUUCAAAGGAAGGACACUGGAAUAAUAGACGGCCAACACCUGCAAAAUUUCGAAAGGGCGAACAAAACCUAUUGGAUUAUGGAUCCAUACAAACUAGUCAGGCGUCGUCAAGAGCGAAUUCGAUUCGUAGUGUUAAUUCGACACCUCGGGAGCUAGUUAUUAUUAGCAACACGAAAAGGUCAUCUAGACAAACUGUUCUAUUAAAUCCAAAGACUAUUCAAGACUUUAAUGAACUAUUGUCUGAUUUGGGGAGUAUGGUAGAUUUAACUUAUCCCCCAGCAAUUGCCUUGUAUACGGCUGAACCGCCUUAUAGGAAUGUCGAAAGCUAUUCUCAAUUGUUGAGAGACCUUAAGCAUAAUACAGCGUUUAUUGUUUGUGGAAGUGAAGGUAUACCGAAAGAGAUUAGUCAAAUUGAACAUGACGCAUCUCGGAUGGUUCCUAAGCAGUCCUACCUUCAGCAGUUCAGAGCCAACAAACAAAAACACAUGUCACCGCCCAUUGACCGUUGGGAGGAUGUAGAAAUGUCAAUGACUGAAGUGACACCACAACCCUACAAUUAUGAAUAUGAAACUAUUAGAGCGGAAAUAAAUGGCGAAGAGCGGGAAUUCUAUUGCCCAAAACGUCUAAAAGACAAACAGGACCUGUCUAAACCUGCUAAGAGACUAAAACUUGAUUGGGUUUAUGGUCUAAAUGCUUUUUCAAGAAACCCACUUCAUGUCCUUUCGACAGGAGAAUUAGUCUAUUAUGUCUCAAAUAUUGCUGUAGUUUACGAUAAAAAGAAAGAUACCCAACGAUUUUUUACCGCACAUACAUCCCCAAUAUGCUGUAUAGCCUUGCAUCCAGAUAAUUUACAACCUUACAUUGCUUCCGGUCAAUCAUUAGAGCCAUUAGUUCGGAUAUGGGAUGCUAGAUCUAUGGCUACCUACAGCGUUGUCGGCGAGGGUAUUCUCCAGGGCAACGUAACAAGCCUCCAAUUAUCGUCAUCCGGUUUACUUCUAAUAGUCGAUUCUUCUGACAAACAUACUCUAUUGAUUUGGGAUUGGCAGAACAAUGAAUUGCUCGUUAGGACGAUGAUAUCGGGAGAGAUUGCGGCUGUAUCAGCUAUUUUUCACCCUCACGAUCCCAGCCUCGUUGUUACAUAUGGACGUCAACAUGUUCACUUUUGGAAAUUAUUCUCUGACGAAGAAAAUACAUAUCGACUGCUUAGAGAUAAGGAAAGUGGUAUAUUUAGUAAUGAAUUUGCUUCGCCUCCUUCCAAUGUUACGGCUAUCUCGUUUUCUCCUAAUGGAGAAGUAAUUACUGCUGAUUCCGAAGGUCGUUUAUUGAUUUGGAGUAAGAAUGAUUCAGAUGUCUAUUCGAUUAAUGAGGAAAUUAGUAAAGAUUUACUAAGAGCUCAUUCCCCAAAGCCAAUUACGGCCUUAUUUAUGUCUGCUGAUGGAACACUCCUAUCGAGCGCAGGAAAUGAGAUCAGAGCUUGGGAUUCGUCGGCUGGUUAUAAUAUGGUCAAAGAACGACUAAUACCCGAAGCAGCGGGGCCUAUUAGAAGUAUAGUUACAAGAGUACAAGGAUCAAUGGACGGUGCAAUAUUUGUGGUUACUGCUAAAUCGUGUCUUCUUGAAGGAUCUCUUCAAGAUAAACUUUCCUUUGUUUUACACGGACACCACAAUCCGGUUACAUCUAUAGUGUCAAGCCCCUCAGAGUUAUCUUUCUUUACCGCUGGUCAAGAUUCUUUUAUUUGCAAAUGGUCUGCUGAUGAUAAAAAAAUGAUAUGGAAAGUCCAUGUUGAGUUUCCUUGCUCCUCCUUGGCAAUCGAUCCAACUGGCCGAGUGUUAUCCGUAGGAACGGGGCAAGGCCGGUUAAUAAUAUUAAGUACCGAUUCUGGUGAACAUUUAUCCUCCUUUCAAGUGUCGCAUGAUCAUCUUGAUUCCAUGGCUUUUUCACCGGAUGGAAAUCGUUUGGCUUUAGCUUGCCAUAAUGCAAGUGUAUAUGUAUUCGACGUUUUAGACGAUGCAGUCGUUUAUAGAAGGAGGGCUAGAAAGGGAAUUCUAGACGGCCAUGAGGCGGCCGUGUUUAAUUUAGAUUGGUCAACAAAUAGUAGAUAUAUUCAAACAGAAUCUAAGGACUUUGAAGUUAUAUUUUGGGAUACUGAUCAAAUGCUCUCGGUAGAUCCCCAAUCUAUAGUUGAGAAUGAAUGGGUGAAGCACAGGUGUACAAUAGGCGCAAGAGUCAUAGGAGCUUGGAAAAAGCUCAUGCCUGAUGUUAAUGUUAGCGCAGCUAACACGAGCAAUGAUAAGAAGCUACUUAUAACUGGAAAUUCUGACGGUUCAUUGCGAUUAUACAAAUAUCCGUGCUCAUCUAAAAAAGCGAAUUUUGACGAAAGGAGACCCUAUUCAGAGUCAAUAAGGGCUAUAGAAUUUUCUUCCAACGACCAAUACGUAUUUACCAUUGGAGGCCGUGAUUGUGGUACUCUUCAAUGGGUUCUAUCAGAUAGUCUUGAAUAUACAUAAUACUUUCUUCCCUUUUUGCUAUUAGUUUCAAAUUAAGUAAUUUAUGAUAAAAAAUUGUUCAUAAACUAAAUAAAAAAAUAGUAACAAACUGAAAAAUUCAUUUAUUUACCAUUAUACAGCAGUGUGUAUAUUUUGCUUUAAAUGGAAGAAUAGAAAUCGUUUCCACUAUGUUCUCUUUUUUAAAGCAUUCAUUAAAGAAUUAAUACUGAGAUGUAUGCAAAGAACAAUUGAUAGUUUUUAUCAAUUAAAAAUUUUCAAGUAAAAAAAUAAACACUGAGAGCUUAAAGAUUAUCAAACAUGACUUCAUGCUCUUCUUUUGAAGUAGAAGCAUGAUUCAUACUUUCCUCCUCUACCCUAUAAACUACUGGAGUAUCUUGUACGUUAUCCCGAUCGAAUACAUGAAUAACGCUUCCUUCGGGAACGCAUGUAAGUGGUGCAACAACUGAAUCGAGAUCCUUUACAGUCGUUUUCGUAAUAUUGUCCUUCGCGACCAAUUCAGAUAUUUUUGGUCUUGGAUUUGGAGCUUUUCCAAUACGAUGUAUUCUAAAUUCAUGUUCUUUCAAUUUAUCUGCUCUUGUACAAGAGAAAUCGCAGUCUUUAAUCGAGCAAAAAUAGGGUCUUUCGUUUGUAUGCACGUACAUGUGUCGCUUGAGAUUCUUUUGUAAGGAAAACGAUUGUCCACAACUAUCACAAAUGUAUGGCUUUUCUUUUGAGUGGGUUUUCAUGUGUCCACUUAAAUUUUGUUUUUUUAUUGUCUGAAAAUUACAAUCUUGAACUGGACACCUUAAUGUUUUACCAGAAUGAACUAGACAGUGAGCUCUUAGUUGGGCGGGAUAAGCUGUUGCGUAGCCGCAAACAUCGCAUAAAUGAGGUUUGUCACCGCUAUGAACUUUAUAGUGAACUUUUAGCUGAUGCUUCCACUUAAAUGCUGAAUUGCAAAUUUCACAGGCGAAUGGGCGAUUAGAUGAGUGUUUAGGCAAGUGCAAUUGUAAUCGUCUAAUUGUAGGGAAACAAGUAGAACAUUCGCGGCACUGGAAUCUAUCAGGGCCUUUAUGAUUGUCUGCUAAAUGUUGUUUUACUUCAUCAACAGAUGAAAAGUCAGCGAAGCAAAAUGGGCACUUAUUUGUGUCGAUAAUAUGAAGCCGCAUAUGCUCAUCCAUAUCAUAUCUUUUCUCGCACACAAAUGAGCAUUCUUCGCAUUGAUAUUUGAUUUUUCUUAAUGAUGGAUCGUCAAUCUCUUCAAUACUGAUUUCUGCUGCCUCACUUCUAUAUCUUAGGACGGGUUCUUCUUUAAUAUUAACUUCUUCUUCACUACUUGAUUUCAUAGUUGGUUUAUGGCGUCUAGAGCUUCUUCUUGUGCCAAUUUGAUCGCAGUCGAUGCGAUUAUCGUUUAUUUUAAAAUCUUUAUCUGAUUCAUCGUCUCGACCUACUCCAAGUUUUGGAUUUACUUCCUCUCCUUUCCUUGGCCUGCCUCUCUUUCUUCUUGCUGGUACAACUCCCAACUCAACAACAGACUUUAAAGGCAAACCGUUUUCAUCAUUUGUAUCAGUUGCAGCAUCAACCGUUUUUGUGAUAGUAUCAAAAAGAUUGUUUCCCUUACAAAUACAUCUUUGAGGAUGUUGCUCAUUAGAUUCAAAGCUCCUACAAAAGUCUACAAUAUGUUUCAAUUCGAGAAUUCCAGCUAACUCUGAAACGAUUCCAACAUUUUUUGAACUAAUCAGUAAUUGACCUCUAUAUAAAAAUUCUACUAAUGAUGCAAGACCCUCCUCAUACUGUAGAGACUUUUCUACGUCCCAAGAAUCUGAAUGAAUUUGUAAAAUUUGCGGGCUCGAGGGAGCGAAUAGUGAGAGAUCAGCCUCAGAAAAGAAAUCUUUAAAGUAGAUGCAAGUAGCUGCCAGUAGAUUGCCAUGAGCGCUUUCAGUAUGAUUAAAGACUUUGAUAAUAACAUCACAGAAAUUAUUAUUUUGUUUUUGCUUCCAUAGAUUAUUGAAAAUUACAUUUUCUGCAUAGGAUAAAUCGACCAAGAAAGACUCCCUGUUGUCCGCCAUCUUUGUUAUCAGUACACAUUACUA